AUGGUGGUGGUGCUGUUGCUGCUUGUACUACUGUGUCGUAGCGUAGGCAAGAUACAUUCUAUUAACUGCAGCAUACAUGAUGAUCCCCUUCCUAUUCUUCAUGAAUUUUACCAGCCAGGAGAUCUUCUCAUUGGUGGGAUUGUUUCUCAAGUCUUCUUCCUCUAUUACAAUCUCUCUUUCAUGGAACUGCCUACGCAGAUAUUGAUUGAUGAACCCAUUUCAGUACCUAAGGAUUACCAGCACAUCCUGGCCUUUGCAUUUGCUAUCAAAAAGAUCAAUGAGAAUCCAAAUAUCUUAUCAAAUAUCUCUCUGGGAUUCCAUGUCCUCAAUAGCAACUAUGCUGCAAGGAUGACCUAUAAGGCUACCCUCAGCCUGAUUUCUACACACCACAGGUUUGUUCCAAACUUUAAAUGUGGCACCCAGAACAAUCUAAUUGCUCUAAUUGGAGGAUGUGUUUCUGAAAUCUCUGCCAAUAUGGCCAUCAUCUCAGCAAUCCACAAGACUCCACAGAUGGUCCCAAAUGAAGCCCACCAGUAUAAGGGAGUUGUGUGGUUACUUCAGCAUUUCAGAUGGACAUGGGUUCGGAUCUUAGCCGUGGAUGAUGACAAAGGGGACAGGUUUUUACAAAUAAUACUGCAAAUGUUUUCCCAGCAUGGCAUUUGUUAUGCCUCCAUAGUAAAAAUACCAAAGCGGGAUUAUAUAGAUGAGUUGAUAGACUUGCUUUUACAGCAGAGAGAAAACUAUGAAAUUCUCACUGAAAGAAAAGCCAAUGUAUUCUUUGUAUAUGGCGAAAAUCCAUCCUUUCAGGUUUUGAGAAUGUUGCUGUUCAUAGCACCCUUCUUCUCAUUGCCACCUCUGGGUAAAGUAUGGAUUAUUACCUCCCACUGGGAUUUUGCAUCACUUCCUGUUCAAAAGAUAUGGGAUAUGCAAACCUUCCAUGGUUCCAUAUCCUUCACAGUUCAUUCAAAUCAGAUAUCAGGGUUCCAAAAGUUCAUUCAGAAGAUAACACCCUUCUGGGCUAAAGGAGAUGGUUUUAUCCAGGACUUCUGGGAACAGUCAUUCAGCUGUUCAUUACAAAAACCUAAGGGACAAGAGGCAAAGAAGAAAUCCUGCACUGGGGAGGAGAACCUAGAAAGCCUCCCUGGAGUUUUGUUUGAAAUGAAGAUGACUGGCCACACUUACAAUGUCUACAAUGCUGUCUAUGCUGUGGCACAUGCUUUGCAUGCCAUAUACAAAUCCAGCUCCAAACAUAGAAGAAUGGCAGAAGGAGAGAGACUGUCAUUUCAAAAUGUACAAUCAUGGCAGGUCCAUCAUUUUCUAAAGAGUAUCUUAUUCAACAACAGUGCUGGAGACACUGUGCACUUUGAUGAAAAUGGAGAAUUAGUUGUAGGUUUUGAUGUUACAAACUGGCUGAUGUUCCCCAAUGGCUCAGUGGUUAGAGUCAAAGUUGGAAGACUGGAACCUCAGGCUUCUCCAGGCAAACAGUUAACUGUUCAUGAUGAUCAAAUUACCUGGCAUCAAAGCUUUAAUCAGGUGCUGCCCCUUUCUGUAUGCAAUGACUACUGCUAUCCCGGCUACAGCAGGAAAAAGAAGGAGGGGGAGAAAUUUUGCUGCUAUGAUUGUGUUCCAUGUCCAGAAGGGAUGAUUUCUGCCCAGAAAGACAUGGAUGCCUGCAUCAACUGUCCUGAAGACCAGUUUACCAACAAAGACAAAACUCAGUGCAUUCCCAGGGUUUUAAGUUACCUCUCUUACAAAGAAGAUUUAGGGUUCAUCUUAACUACCUUGGCUAUUUCUUUUUCUUUUCUCACAACAUUAGUACUUGGAAUUUUCAUGAAGCACAAGGACAGUGCCAUUGUGAAAGCCAACAAUCAGACCCUCACCUACAUCCUCCUCGUUUCUCUCCUUCUUUGUUUCCUCUGUUCCUUCCUCUUUAUUGGACAGCCUGGAAAAGUGACCUGCCUUUUUCAACAAAUAGCUUUUGGCAUCAUCUUCUCUGUGGCCCUUUCCAGCAUUUUGGCAAAAACUAUCACUGUGGUACUGGCAUUCAUUGCAACCAAACCUGGAGGAAGGAUGAGGAAAUGGGUAGGGAAAAAACUGACAAAUUCUAUUGUAUUUUCUUGCUCCUUUAUUCAAGCUGGGCUUUGUACUUUUUGGUUAAGUACUUCCCCUCCAUUCCCAGAUAGGGACAUGCAUUCAGUGAAUGGGGAAAUCAUACUGGAAUGCAAUGAGGGUUCAGCUACAAUGUUUUACUGUGUCUUGGGCUAUAUGGGCUUCCUGGCCAUUGUCAGCUUCAUUGUGGCUUUUCUGGCCAGGAAGUUACCUGAUAGUUUCAAUGAGGCCAAAUUUAUCACUUUCAGCAUGUUGGUGUUUUGCAGUGUUUGGUUGUCCUUUGUUCCAACCUACCUGAGCACUAAAGGAAAAUACAUGGUGGCUGUGGAGAUAUUUUCCAUCUUGUCCUCGAGUGCUGGUUUACUGCUUUGCAUCUUUUCUCCGAAAUGCUACAUUAUUUUGCUGAGACCUGAGCUGAAUAAUAGGGAGCAAAUAAUGAGUAGAAAAAGUGAAAGGUUUGUAUGCAAGACAUAUUCCAUUAACUGCAGCAUUUGUGAUGAUCCCCUCCCUAUUCCUCAUGAAUUUUACCAGCCAGGAGAAGUUGUCAUCGGUGGGAUUGUGUCCCAAGUCUUCUUCCUCUAUAACAACCUGUCUUUCAUGGAACUGCCUACGCAGAUAUUGAUUGACGAACCCAUUUGUAAUAUUUAUUACAGUUCAGUGCCAAAGAACUACCAGCACAUCCUGGCCUUAGCAUUUGCCAUCAAAGAGAUAAAUGAGAAUCCCAAAAUCUUAUCAAAUAUCUCUCUGGGAUUCCACAUCCUCAAUAGCAACUAUGCUGCAAGGAUGACGUAUAAGGCCACCCUCAAUCUGAUUUCCACACAACAUAAGUUUGUGCCCAACUUCAAGUGUGGCAACCAGAACAAUCUGAUAGCUCUCAUUGGAGGACGUGUCUCUGAAAUCUCUGUCAACAUGGCGCUCAUUUCAGCAAUCCACAAGACUCCACAGGCAAGUUGUAUGGGUGAGGAUGUGGAGAUUUCACCACUGUGGCACAACAUCCUGAUUUCAGCAAAUCAUAUGAUAAUGAUUCAAGUGAUCUUAUGGUUAUCUAACUGGUUAAAGGCAGACUAA